CAGAGACCUCUGCUUUAGACUGCUGAUGACUGUCAUCAUCCUCCUGUGCACACAUGAUCAGAAAGUUGAUGCAGUUUCUCUUCGUAUUGUUCCAAACAAAUCCCAGUUUUUUGAAUAUGAGUCAGUUAGUUUUUACUGUGAGGAGCCUUCUCCUGGACAUGUGUUAUAUAAGAUGAAAGAGGAAGUAGAGCAAUGCAACAAAACCAGCAAGAAAACAGCAGCUACAACAACAGGUUCAAAGUGCACCAUUCGUCCUAUUUAUGCACGUGACAGUGGAGAAUACUGGUGUGGGACAGCAGGAGGGCAGAGAAGCAACAUUAUCAGCAUCACUGUCACUGCUGGUUCUAUGAUCCUGGAGAUUCCUGCUGUUCCUGUGAUGGAGGGAGAAGCUGUGACUCUGCGCUGCAGAAACAAGAUGCUUUCCUCCAACUUCACAGCUGAUUUCUAUAAAUAUGGGCGUCACAUAGGAAGCAGCUCAAUAGGAAACUUGACCAUCCACAGAGUUUCCAAGUCUGAUGAAGGACUUUACAAGUGCAAGAUCUCAGGAGGUGGAGAAUCACCAGAGAGCUGGCUGUCUGUCUCUCUGCCAUGUCUCACAGGCAAUCACACAGAAACUGAGACAGACCCCUCCUCAGAGCCUGGAUGUCAUAUUUACCUCAUCUUACGGACCGUGUUCACCAUCAUGAUGGUCGUUCUGCUGCUGCUGCUGGUGGGACUUCUUCACUGUGGGAAAAUCAGAGUUGCACCAACAAAUUCACCCACAUGUAAAUGUAACUUUCAUGAUACAGGAAACAAUACCGACAAUGAUGCCAAGAAGCAUGAAAGAAAAUAGAAAGACACUAAUGUACUUCAUUCAUUCUGAGUGUUUUAUUUUUAAGUUUCUAAAAGCCAUCAUGUGCUGGGACAGCUUCAAGAAAUGAAAACAUGAAACAGUCAUUUUGACUUUUGGAAAUAUUUUACCAAAACUCUGCAUCAGCAUUAGCAUCUGUAAAGUAUCCACAUCACUGCUUCUUAUCUAUAAAAGUGCUUUUGUGUACACACAUCUGAACUGUGACUUGCUUUGUAUUGAAAA